AGCGUACGAAUGUUUUCAUUUCUACUUAAAUUUAGAUCGAUGGUCUCGAUCUAUCCCAGUUAAAAUAAAUGAUUAUUCGAAAGAGCAAUACGCUGAAACAGAUUUUGGAUCGAUGGCCCGGUAAGCGAACGUUUGGCAUCUAUCGGUUUCUGCCUAUCUUUUUCGGACUUGGAGCGGCAUUGGAAUUCUCGAUGAUCCAUUGGCGUGUAGGAGAAACUAAUUUCUAUAAUACCUUCAAGAAACGACAGGCGAAAGAAAUUGUGGAAGAAAAGCUACGUCUGCAUCAGCUGGAACCGAUUCCACAGAAAAGGGGCUGACCGAUUGAUUGCCAAAGAGAGUGAACUUAGUGAUUAGUGUAAUUCAAGGG